AUGAGCUCUAGGGACUUCACAUAUUUCAAGCGGCUCGCAUGGUGCCUUUUUUACAUCCUUUGGUUCCGGUUUAUUCUUUUUCGCGCACAUUAUGGCCUUGUUACUAACAUAAUUCCUUUCUCUCCUCAGGACCUGAUAGAUGCAGUGAUCUCGGUGCUGGCCACCCCAGAACAACCUACCACGGUCGCAAAUGUUUAUUCAAAUGAACGCAAUUUGGCAACCGAGGUCCAAGCCUACGCAAAGAUAGCAGGCCGCAAUUGGACUCUCUAUGUAAAACAUCUCGCUUUGAGUAUCGGUCGUAAUACCGAUCCUCAGGAUCAUACCGUGGAUAUAGAUUUGGGACCAGCUAAAGUAGUCUCCCGUAAGCAUGCUUCGAUCAAGUACAAUCUCAACGGCGGGUUCUGGGAAUUACAGGUCGAAGGUCGAAACGGGGCCAAAGUGGAUUUCAAACGUGUCGCUGCCGGACCGCAGGCCGAUCCAGUGCAAUUGCAAUCAGGCUCCAUAUUAGACAUUGGAGGCACGCAAAUGAUGUUUAUUUUGCCAGACCGUGGUCCAUUCGUUGAUCAGCAGGCGUUGGAUCAUCUCAUCCCCAAGCUAAAUGCAACGUAUGGGGCCACAACAACAAACCCUGUUCUGCAAGAUCUGCUGCGAGGUGUAUCACAACCUCGAAAUGCGGUAAAAGCGUUUCGCAUGUACAAUUCCUAUGAGAAUCCGUACGCUGCUGCUUCCGCCGGAGGAUCAUAUACGUCCCCUCAGAUGGGAGCCGGUUACGGUGCCGUAAUGGACCCCGGCUUUUCUGGAACAAACGAUGCCGCUUCAGAUUUGUCCCGCGAGGAGAAUAAGAACGUCAAACCACCCUUUUCAUAUGCCACCAUGAUCACACAAGCCAUUCUUUCGAACCCUGAAGGCGUAUUAUCCCUUGCUGACAUCUACAAGUACAUUUCUUCAAACUUUGCCUACUAUCGUUAUGCGAAGACCGGUUGGCAAAACUCCAUUAGACAUAAUCUUUCACUCAACAAGGCGUUUGAAAAAGUCCCACGAAAGCCCAAUGAGCCGGGCAAAGGUAUGAAAUGGCGCAUAAGUAAGGAUUAUCAAAAGGAUUUCAUGGAUAAGUGGCAGUCGGGCAAAAUUUCCAAAGUGAGGAGAGGAUCGUCAGUGGCUCGCCAAUUACAGCUGCAUAUGACAAAAUUUAAUACCCUGCCACGUCAAGGUGCGGGUGCUGUUGAUCGAGAGUCUUCUGGAGAUCAAGAUGAGGAAGAGUCACAGACUCAAAAACGUCGGUCGCUGCAUUCCUCAGAAAAGGCGCAGUUUGACCACCAGCAUCAGCAAAGGUCCCAAGAGACCACUGUCGACAAUUUCAAAGACGUACAGGCACAACACCAGCAUCAGCAUCAACAUCAAAAUCAACGCCACUCACAAGUAGAACCACAACGAUCGACGAUUUCAGGAACUUACCAUGUUUCACAGGAGAACGGUCAAAACCCUUCACCAUCAUCCGCGAAUUUAUAUGCCUCGUUGCAUCCUCCGACCAAUCUACCACCUGCGUCUUCUCUGUCACCAAUAGCCACAGGAAGGCCUCCUUCGCCGCAAAUGCAUCCGCCAUUGAAUGUUCCAGCGAGACAGUCGUCAUCUUCUGGAUAUCCCACACUGCCGCGUCCCACAACGCGUCCUCCUACUUCGCAUAUCCAAAUUGGCAGCAGUAUACCAAGCACGGCAUCCCGGCUGUCUCCAGCCCAGGAUUCCUUACUACGGUCGCCCACUAGACCAUUCCACAUAACAGCUAUGGAGGCGUAUACACCAGAGCGUGGCAGCGGGCAGCAAAUACGCUCCCCGGACGGAACACAUGCACCUCAAUUGAAUGUUGACACUAGAGGUUCAACACGACAGACGCUGCCACAGACCGCGCAAAGUUCUCCCGGCGUGUGGAACUUGCUGCAAUUUAGCUCUGUAAACAACACUCCGGCUGGUUUUCGAGCCAUGGAGGAGGCCGCUGCACAAAGUCAUGCCAGCAAUAACGAAGCGCCACGAAUUCUUCAACAAGGUCCCCAGAUGGGCCGCAUGGCACAGGAUCGAAACCAAGUGCCCACCUUACACAUAAACGGCAGCUCUGUGGAGCCUGACAAACACUCAAACGGUGACAAGGAUUCAGAGUUCGUGUCGUCUCCGAUCAAGAAUCACGGCAAAGAUGCGUCAAAGGGCGUCAAAGAUUUGAUGCUGGACAUAGAGGGCGCAAAAAUCAGCGUGGUUGAUGAUCAUAGAUGA